AUGCGCAGAGAGGAGCACCAACUUGGCAGGUUUACUCUCGACGCAAGAAAGGAGUUACUGCAGCCCAGGCUGCUGUGGGCCUGGGCCUUUUGGCGAUUGGUUAAUUAAUUAGUUUCUAUGUGUCUCUAUUUAGUUUGUUUUAUCCACGGGCCUUGUCCAUGGGCUUUGUGGCAGAGACUAUUUAAUAUUUCAGUAUCGUAGGGUUAGGGCAUGCAUGAUUUAUUUGGUUUUACAGCACGUCGCUGUGGCAGAGAGAUUUCUCUGUGGACCUCGGUUUUGAGGGUUCUUCUUCAGUUAUAAGUCAGUUCCGUUCUUCUUCCAUCUUCACUCUAUCAAUUUGGUCCGACCUGCCACCUUUUCGUGAUGGCCACGCAAAAGGAACGUCUGGAACAGAUGGAGCAGAUGGUAGAUGACUUGCAGACAACGGUCGACUCGGUAGCAGGCAAGGUCGAGGGUUUGGAGGGUUCCAUGGUAUCCGUUGAGAAUACCCUAGCCUCCAUCCUGGUUCAACUUCAGAACUUGACCAAGGAUCGUGGGCCUGAAAUCACGGGUGAGAAGACACCCCCUCCACUCGGCGGUGGAGGACUGCAGGGGCCUUCGUUUCCACGGAUGGAUAUUCCUAUGUUUGAUGGUACAGACCCUAUUGCUUGGCUUGCUCAAUCCGAGCAAUACUUCUUAGUCCAUCGUACACCACCUUCGGAUCGUGUGCAGUUGGCACUUAUUGCCAUGUCGGGGCGAGCAAUGUUCUGGGCCCAAUGGGUUUUACGUCGUUCCGCCUCCAUUGAAUGGAGUCAGUUUUCUCAAGAGCUUAUUGAACGAUUUGGCGAUAGUUCGGCUAUCAACGCCUAUGAAGCUAUGCAUAUCACGCGCCAAACUGGUCCCUUGGAAGAGUAUUUGGCCUUAUUUGAAGAAAGAAUUGCGCAGCUCCCGGAGCUUCCGCCAGCUCAAUAUUUAGGUAUGUUUCUGGGUGGUCUUCACUCCUCCAUUCGGGAUCGAAUUACUGAGUCAGAUUCAGUGAAUGUUUUUACCGCCAUCCGGGCAGCCCGCCGCAUCAGCCGUUCUUCGCGAGGAUCAUCGCAGCCUACUCGGUCGUCUUUCCCCAGCACCGCCCCACUGCGAUCGACAGCAUCUUUUCGGGGAGGGGCGCCAGUUAUUGGGUCGACACCCGCAACAUCUUUUCGGGGCGGGAACUCCGCGGUCAGCGGCGGGUUCCGAAAUUCUACUCCUACGCCCAACGCUUCUGGUCAAUCAGCUAAUAAUUCUUUCAGAGCUUCCUCUGGAUACCGAGGAAACCGCAAGUCGCGCCACCUAACGGAGGACCAGAUCAAGGAAUAUCUCGCGCAGGGAAAGUGUUUCCGCUGCAGUCAACCAUAUGGACCGCUGCACAAGUGCCCAUCACAAUCCUUAAACGUCAUCCUGCUGGGUGACGGGGACCCACCAGAGGAUUCAACGGAAUUGGACCUGGAGGACCACGCACCAGAGGAGUUUCCCUCUCUCGAGCCUGAGCUACAACACUUGCAACUGUCCAAGUUAUCCUCUAAUGGGUUCGAUGGCCCACGUACAUUGAAGCUGUUUAGUGCGGUGGAUGGUUUAAAACUACUCACGAUGAUUGAUAGUGGAGCUAGUCAUUGCUUCAUCUCCGAGACAGUGGCUGCAUCCUUACAAUUGCCUGUUGAACCAACGUCAACACAGACUGUAGUUCUCGGCGAUGGCUCGCGGGUGCACAUCACAGGCGUUUGUAAGGCUGUCCCUUUGAAACUUGAUUCUCACCUAUUUCUUAUUACUUGUUUCGUCUUUCCCUUGAGCAGUGUUGAUGUGAUUUUGGGGGUCUCUUGGCUCGCCACCCUUGGCGACGUGACCGCCAACUGGUCUAACCUCACAAUGGAGUUCUAUUAUCAGGGCACACGUGUUUGCCUUCGCGGCGAUCCUUCACUGACUCGCCGAGCGUGCACCAAAACGGAAUUCUCCUCUUUAACAUCGGUAGAUCAGGCAUGGGUGUUGUGGGUGCUGGAGGGAGAAAGUGGCCUUAGUCAGUUUGGCAAGUCAGAAUCCUUGAAUUCUCAACAGCAGCAUGAUAUUGAGAUUUUAUUAUCCGAUUUCCCACGUGUUACUAGCGCCCCGGCGGGCCUGCCCCCGCAGCGAGCAAGCGAUCACCGGAUCGUUCUGAAGGAAGGCACCUCACCGGUCUCGGUGAGGCCAUAUCGAUAUAAUCAUUCUCAGAAAGACGAGAUGGAGAAACUUAUAGGAGAGAUGCUGGAGGCCGGCAUUAUCCAACCGAGUAACAGUCCGUACUCAAGUCCGGUAUUAUUGGUAAGAAAGAAAGAUGAAUCUUGGCGUUUUUGCGUCGAUUAUCGCGCCUUAAACAAGAUGACAGUGCCCGAUAAGUAUCCCAUUCCUGUCAUCCAAGAGUUACUUGAUGAAUUACAUGGCGCCUGAUGUU